AUGAUGCGCCCCCGUCGCCGCUCCUCCAACAUCCGCCUCGCCCUCUAUCUCCUCGUGCUCGUUCUGAUCGCCGGCUACCUGGUUAAUCGUCAGCGGGGCGCGACCAGCAAUGAGGACCUGACCUACGAGGAGGACUUGGGCACCUACGCCCACACAUCCAAAUCUCGCAAGGGCGAGAGGGCCUUCGUCGUCGCCAGUCAGGAGAAGGAUGACGUCGCUUGGCUGUACGACUACUUCCCCGACUGGACCAAAUACCGCUACAUCGUAGACAAUCCCAAGGCGGAGCUGCGGGUGCCAAUCAAUAAAGGGCGAGAAUCGAUGGUUUAUCUCACCUUCAUCAUCGACAAUUACGACAACCUCCCUGAUUACACGCUCUUCCUGCACCCGACGAGAUACCAAUGGCACAACGACGAUCCCGAUUACGACGGCUUGAUGGUGCUGCGCAACUUCCAGGUGCCUUACCUCGAGCAGGAAGGCUACGUCAAUUUGCGCUGCGCUUGGCAGCUCGGCUGCCCAAAUGAGAUAAAGCCGUACGAGAACGAUCCGCGCGAGAAGCAGCAACAAGGACACGCAGGAAACUCGUAUUAUCACGCGUUCAAGGAGAUCUUCGGCGAGGCCCGCGAGGUGCCGCACGAGGUUGGCGUCAGCUGCUGCGCCCAGUUUGCCCUCACGAGGGACAAGAUCCGCGAGAUUCCGCGCUCAGAAUACGUGCGGCUGAGGGAGUGGCUGGCGAAGACACCAUUACUCGACUCUAUUUCCGGGCGUGUGAUGGAGUACUCGUGGCAUAUUUUGUUCGGCAAGGAGCCCAUUCAUUGCCCUGAGUACAACUCCAAGCCUUGCGGCUGUACCACCUGA